CGGUUUGCCAUGGGGGGCUCGGCCGGAGCCGUGGCGGGGCUGCUUCUCCUAGCAGCGGUGGGAGGCAUCGGGGGAGCUGUCGGCUCCAGCUUAGCCUUCACUGAUGAUCUGCUGACCGUGUUCGGGGAGAACCGGAGCCUAUCAACGGCUCAAGUGGGUCACCUGCUGGAUGAUCUAGGGGGUGCGUCGCGGCCGGAGUUUGAGAAGCUACAACAUUUCUCUUUGCACCAUAACCAGUGUUUGUCUGCUGAAGAGAUCUUUUCCAAACAUGGGCUUUCCAGUGAUAUGAAGAUCACCAGUUCUAACUUUUCACUAAUAUGUCCAGCAGUCUUACAGCAGUUGAUGUUUCAUCCUUGUGAGCACCAUCCAGAGCACAAAUCCAAACCGUCGUCUUUAGAAAUGUGGGGAUUUGGAUUUCUUUCGGUGACCAUCAUUAACCUGGCAUCUCUCCUGGGACUGGCUUUAAGUCCAUUGCUAAAGAAGCCAUAUUUCCCCAGGAUUUUGACUUAUUUUGUGGGACUGGCCAUCGGGACUCUCUUUUCAAAUUCAAUCUUCCAGCUUAUUCCAGAGGCGUUUGGUUUUGAUCCCAAAGUUAAUAACUACGUUGAAAAAGCAGCUGCUGUGUUUGGUGGAUUCUAUAUUCUCUUCUUUGUUGAACGAAUACUUAAGAUGGUAUUGAAGACUUAUGGGCAGAAUGCUCAUACUCACUUUAGAAGUGAGGACUUAUUUACUUCGGAAGGAAAAGAAAACCCGCCAGCCCCUAAACUGCCUGCCAUCAGUGAAGUCAAAUGUUAUACCAACCCUGCAGUAACCCACCCUAAUGGAAUCAAUUUUGAUAAUGCCAGUGUGGUUUCUAUUCAGGAUGGGAAAAGGGAACCAAGUUCAUGUAUCUGUUUCAAUGGACCCAAGCUGUCAGAAAUAGGCACUGUUGCUUGGAUGAUAACCAUCAGUGAUGCUGUCCACAACUUUAUUGAUGGUCUGGCCAUUGGUGCUUCAUGCACCCUUUCACUUCUUCAGGGACUUAGCACUUCUAUAGCAAUCCUAUGUGAGGAGUUUCCUCAUGAGUUAGGGGAUUUUGUGAUCCUACUCAAUGCAGGAAUGAGUACUCGGCAAGCUUUAUUUUUCAAUUUUCUUUCAUCAUGCUCUUGCUAUGUCGGGCUAGUCUUUGGCAUUUUGGUGGGCAACAACUUUGCCCCAAAUGUUAUUUUUGCACUAGCUGGUGGCAUGUUCCUCUAUAUUUCUCUGGCAGACAUGUUCCCAGAGAUGAAUGAUAUGCUAAGAGGAAAAGUAACUGAAAGAAAAAAAGAUUUAACCUACUUCCUUAUUCAGAAUGCUGGUCUGCUAACGGGAUUCACAGCUAUACUUCUCAUUACCUUGUAUGCAGGAGAAAUUGAGUUGGAAUAAUCUGACUUUGAAGAUGGCAUAGCUAAUGAAAACAAUCAAUAAAAAAAAUGGAGAAUUCUUUUAGUCUACACAGGGCUUUCCGUUGAUCUACUGAGUUAAAAGAUAAUCUUGUUUUCUUUUGCAAGUCACAGAAAACCAGUUAUUGGUUCCAGACUUGCAAAAGAACUCAUCGACCAUAUGUUAGAAAAAUAAAUGCAGAAAAAUUUGAAACUUUUAAAAAAAUGAAUCCUAAAAAUUGUCUUCAUGCAAUUGGGAAAAAAUAAAAUACUUUAAAAAAACAAACAAAUCACAAAGUUGGAUUUCCUUUUCCCAUUAAAUGAAGCUUGCCAGUUGGUAAACAGUGGCAUAUUAUAUGUAACAGAGUAGCUGAGCCCUGUGCCUUCCAUAUGACUGGCAAAUUAUUACAGGUUUUCCAGGCUUUAAUUAUGCUGGGAUGGGAGCAAUGGGUCAAGUGGUUUCAGGGUAGGUUAUUUCUCAUUAAUUUGUUACAGUGAUUUCAUGGAUAAACCCAUCAAAACAUGGAAGAGAAUCAAAAAUUUCACAUAAGAAAUGCUGAGAUCUUAAUUAAGAAGAAACAAGAAAGAUAACCACUUUCAGCUUUUGAUCUGCUGUCUUUUUAUAUGUGACUCAAGGACUUUUAGAUUUAUUUUUGAAAGCCCAUUUUAAAAAUAGAAAAAAACAAUCUAGACAUUCUAAAAACCUUAAUUAAACCAUUUUGUGGAUAUUUUAGUUUUGGGCUUGUGAGGCCAGUAGAUUUUAUUCUAAAACUAGAAUUGCCUUUAAUGGCAUUUACAGAUUUUAUUGUGGCAUAUAUUUUUACUGAGUGGCAGAUCAACAUUCAUCUAAAUGGAUGUUCAUGAAAGAUAGUCAACUUUCAGACAGUUUUAAAGAAGGAUAAAUGUUGGUUCAGCAAGGUUUUUAUAAAUGCAUAAAAAACAGCUGGACUGUUUUAAGUAAAGGGUUAAUAGAGGUAUGUGGUCACUGUUUCCAUAUGGUCUUUGGAAAAUUGAUUUCUUUUUCCUUUUCAGUUUUAAGUACCUCAAUACAAAAUAACUCAGGUUAUUUUUCUAUAUUGUGACGUAACAGAUAUUAUACUGUCCAUUCAGUUAGUAGUUACAGCUAUUUGUGAAUUGGUCUAAAUGAUUUUAACUUUGUAUGUUGUAUAUGUGUGUAGGAUAAUUCACACUCCCAUGUCACCUUUAAAGAAAAGAUUAAAAGAGUCUUAAAAUGUAAAAAAUGGUCAUUAAUUCUUGAAAUCAAUGGUGAUCUUUUCCUUCCAAUUUUGUACAUUGUUUUUAUGCAGCAAUAAAAUGGACUUUAUGAACAUGUUUUGUUUUAUAUGUUACAUGACACAGAUUGUCAUUCAGUUUCUAGUCAAUCAAAUAAUAAACUUUUUUGAAACUAAA